AUGGCCAACACCUUUGUAUCCUUUCUGGACGCCACGGGAGACUCGAUCGUCUCUGGCCCGGUACCAGUAGAAUCUUUUGUCCCCAGGUCUGCCAAUCUGUUCCCCAAGAUGCCUAAUGGCAUCAAUGACGAAGGCUGGGAGCUUUGGGAGUUCGACGGCAUCUCGGCAGAUGGCGAGACGUCUGUCGCCACCUCAUUCUAUCGCGAUGCACGCAGCCUCGAGGAGGGAGGCUUCCACGUGGAUGUGAACGCCAUUUGGCCCGACGGGACGAAAUGGGGCGGCGAGUUAUACUUUGCCCAGUCCGUCAUCUCAGCCCUGGGCGGCGAUUACCCCCACGAUGGACAAUUACACGGCGUCUGGAAAUCGGGGAAGGAGGGAGGAGCCAGCGCAAGCUUCAGCAUCUCGUCUGAUUGCUCAAGUGCCAUAGUGCACUUCUCCUCGCCCGGUCGUGUGACGGGGACCAUCAUGAUCCGUGCACUGGGCGACAACCUUGUAUCGCGCCUGCCGGAGACGGAGGGCGCGGCACUGCUCUCGCCGUCUGUGCAUUACUUGUUCCCUAUGGGCCCGGCCGCUGCCACGGCUAACCUGAGCUUUGUGAUGCAAGACGAGGCGAGCGGCACCAGCGCUAGUGAGCGGCAACUCACCCUGGAUGAAGACGAGGCGGCCAGUGGAGCGAUGGUGCGCGGCUGGUCUUGCUCGGCAUGGCCCCGGUUCAUGAUAGACGCGUACUACGUCUGCGGGAAGAUUGGUCCCUAUCACUUGCAGCUGAUACGUAUUGUCUCGACCGCUGCUGACGGACACAAGUCUCACGUAGCCGCUAGGCUCUACUGCGGCAACGAGCUUGUGUGUGCUGCCAACGAGGCCAUGGACAUGGCCACAGCCGAAACGCAGGAUGCUCCUCAGAGGGAUACACUCGUGGUUGACAAGGUUAUGGAUGGAAAAGGAGUGGCGGGGGCGUUCCUCGACAAGAACACUGGAUAUUUGAUCGAGUUCCGCCAAGGUGGAGGUUGGCGGUCUAGGAAGCGGUGGCAUUUCGAGCUUUCGCACAAACGCGCAUGGUGGAGCGACUACACGAGCGACCGGGGGACGGGAAAGUCUGGUUUCAUCGAGACCAUCCGCGGAGGGUCGGAUGGUGAGAUUGGUUACCAAGGCGUGGGGGGCGGUGGUCAGCUCCAAUUGCCAGGAUGA